CCGGGCUGCGGGGCCGAGCCCGGCGCCGAGGAGAGCCGCGGCCGCUGUGCUGGCAGAGCGGCGAGCGAGGCGGGGAUGGCGGCGCGGCUAGCAUUGCGCGGGGGACCCGGGGCUGCCGGCCAGCGCCCAUGGCUGCUGCUGGCGCCGCUGCUGCUGGUUCCGCUGCUGGCGCGGCCCGCCGAGGCCCUGGUGGAAGGGCUGUACUGCGGCACGCGCGACUGCUACGAGGUGCUGGGCGUGAGCCGCUCGGCCAGCAAGGCGGAGAUCGCGCGGGCCUACCGUCAGCUGGCCCGGCGCUACCACCCAGAUCGCUACCGGCCCGAGCCCGGGGACGGCCCCGGGGGCGCGCCGCCGAGCGCCGAGGCUUUCCUGCUAGUGGCGACCGCCUACGAGACGCUCAAGGAUGAAGAAACACGGAAGGAUUAUGACUACAUGCUGGAUCAUCCAGAAGAAUACUAUAGCCAUUACUACCACUACUACAGCAGGCGCCUGGCCCCAAAAGUGGACGUUAGGGUGGUGAUUUUGGUCAGUGUGUGUGCCAUUUCAAUGUUUCAGUAUUUCAGCUGGUGGAAUAGUUACAAUAAAGCAAUCAGCUACCUAGCCACAGUGCCCAAGUACCGCAUCCAGGCAACAGAAAUCGCCAAGGAGCAGGGACUGCUCAGAAAAGCCAAAGAAAAAGGGAAAAACAAGAAGUCCAAAGAAGAAAUCCGUGAUGAGGAGGAGAACAUCAUAAAGAACAUUAUAAAAAGUAAAAUAGACAUAAAGGGGGGCUACCAGAAACCCCAAGUUCGGGACCUCCUCUUGUUUCAGGUCAUCCUCGCCCCUGUUCACCUGUGCUCUUAUAUAGCCUGGUAUUGUAGGUGGAUCUAUAACUUUAACAUCAAAGGCAAAGAGUAUGGGGAGGAAGAGAGACUAUACAUUAUCCGUAAGUCUAUGAAGAUGUCCCAGUCUCAGUUUGACAGCCUGGAGGACCAUCAGAAAGAAAUGUUUCUCAAGCGGGAGCUCUGGAUAAAGGAGAAUUACGAGGUCUACAAGCAGGAACAAGAGGAAGAAUUAAAGAAAAAAUUGGCAAAUGACCCUCGGUGGAAGCGCUACCGCAGGUGGAUGAAGAAUGAAGGGCCUGGACGGCUGACCUUUGUGGAUGACUGAAGAUGCUGAGGUGCUGCUGUGCCACACUCUAAUUGUGACGUCACUUGCAUAGCAGUUACUUGGGAAACACGCCUGCUGCUCUCAGCAGUAGCUAACGUUCAAAACAUAUGAUUAAACAGAAUAAUGUAGAAAUUUCUACUUUCCCUUAAAACUUUAUACAGAAGACAUUUAUGAUGGUUCAAUUUUUAUAAUCUAUUUGUGGAUUUUGUUUAAAAAGAUUUGACAUGGGGACUUAUUAGUUGCCAUUUAAAAUUUUUAUAUGUUUAGUUAAAUUUGACAUGAAAUUUAUUAGAUACCAUUUAAAACUU